AUGGAAUCAGAUCCCGCAAUUGAUUACUCAUUCAAUCCCUCUGAGUUAAUACAAUCAUCUGUUCACAAUCUGAGAGAAGUAAAACCGGCUGCAGUUAUGAGAGGAUCUCAUGACAAAACUAUAAAAUUGUGGGAUCUAAAUAAGCUUUAAUCCUCUAAAACUCUAACUGGUCAUAAAGAAGGUGUUUGGUGCAUUAAAUACAAUAAGGAUGGCACUCAGUUACUUAGUGCUUCUCCAGAGGGAAUAGCUAAACUUUGGGAUCCUAAAACCGGAAAAUCAACUGCAGACCUUAAGGGUCAUACUAAGAGAGUAUUUUGGGCAACUUACAAUCCAUCAAGCACAAUGAUUGCUACUUGUGGAAGUGAUAGACUUGUAUUAUUGUGGGACCUUAAAAAGCUCUCUGCUCCAAUAGCCCAAAAUAAUCUAUUGAGCUGUGACUUUUUCCAGGAUGACAAGUAUAUUGUGACCACUAAUUUGGAGGGAGACGUCAACGUUAUCAGUCAAUAAGAUAACAUGAAUAUUAUUAAGCAUGAAACAAUCGAGGGACAUCUUAAAACCAACACAGCUUUUUGCUGUACUACUAUUAAAAACUCAGAGUCUGAAAGUGGCAUCUUCUUAGUGGGAGCAGAAAACAAAAAAGUUACCAAGUUCAGAUUUGAUCCAAGAGAUUAUGAAGUCGAGAAAGUUGGUCAGUUUGUUGGACAUUCUAACUCUAUCAGAAAUGUUCAAGUAUCAAACAAUAUGUAGCAUCUUUUAUCUUGCUGUGAAGAUCACUCCCUGAGAAUCUGGGACUAUCAAACAUAUGAGCCUAAAAUAAUCUUGUCUGGCCAUAGGGAUAAUGUUUCAGGAGGAGCUUUCAUUAAUGAAAACACAAUAGUAAGCAGCUCAUGGGAUCUUAGAGUAAUGGUAUGGAAAAUCUGA